AAUAUAGCAUUAGCAUUUAGAAUCAAAUUAUUUUGUUAUUUAAGCGAUUUUCUAAUAUAAUUUUAAUCGUGGAAAAAACAUUUCAAAUUUAAUUAACUCCAAAGAAAAGUAGCAUGCUGUUUUAACUAAAUUUAACUCCUAAUAAAUUUGAAUAUUAAUGUGUUAAUUUUGGUGGAUAUGGGCCAAAGAUAAUUUAGAGCCCAAUUUAUGAAGUGGGCCUCCACAAUUCGUGUGCUCAAGUAUUAAGGAAGUCGUCGGCCCACGACCCAUUUAGUGGGACCAUCACUGUUGUUCGUCCAUUGACGGGAUAUUUUUGAGGAAUUUUUAACUUGUUCAUUGAUUGAUUAAUAGUUUGUUUAAUCACUAAUCCACUAUUACUAUUCUAAUUAGACGGUCACAUGGGAUACUCGGUCAAAUAUUCAGAUUCAAAACUACUAAUCAUUUGAGAUCAGAAUCUCUCGUAAUUGCAUUUUAUUGACUUUUAUAUUCAAUAAAUUACGCACGGACGAGUGUAUGAUAAUUAUUUUCUAGUAUCAAUAACCGGAGUGAUAUUUUCUGUCAACAUGAGAAAUUUUUUAAUGUAUCGAAAAUAUGGUUCGAUAUACCGAGUAUUGUAAUACAAGUAAUUAAAAGUUUUCCUUUAUGCGUUCAAUCAUUUAUAUUAUGAUAUUUAAUGUACUCAACUUUAUUUUCAAUAUGGUGAAAAAUCUCUUGAGUAACAUGAUUUGCCUGUCCUAUCAUUUAUUGGGGUUGUCACUUGUGGUAUGACACUAGUUUGUCCUCCCAUAUCUGUAAUUGCCAUGCUAUCAAUGACCUUUCACAAAUAAUUUGUCAGCUCAUGAAAAUUCAAAACUUUGUUUUAUUUGGAAGAUUACACACACGACUUUGUCUGUUAAUAAAUCGUGUUUAAUUCGGUUUCAAUUAACAGAAAGUGAAUGGAUGAGAUUUUAGAAACGAUCAUAUUUAAAUUUGAUAAUUUAAUUAUGAAUAAAUUCGUAUGUAUGGAUCAAUGCAGAUUCAUUCCGAACCUUGUUACACACGUGUGUUAGAUUCGAAAUUUGCAACGUAUCAUAUAACACCCUUUCCUUAGAGUUACGUGUUGCUUCAUCUUUGAAGCCAAAAUAUACAUGAUAAGAAAAUUCAGCGUUCACACCAAACAAAUAGGAACCCAAAGAUUUGGCACCAAUUCCUGAAAAUGUUUAUGGGAUGAACACGCCAUUAACAGAAAAAUUAAUUAAAAUAAUUAUAUUGUCGUUGGGGAAGUCCAAAGACCCAAAGUCCAUGCCCUGCCACGUUGGGAGCAUCAUCUUCUCCGCGCGACAAGGUGCAUUGCCUACUGGUACUGGCUGAUCUGUUUGGCCUCACCUCUUCUUCCUAAAGCUCCGUUCUUUGUUUUUCUAUUCCCACCCAUCCCGUUGACUAUUCCCACCCUGCCAAGAAGUCAAGGAAACAGAAUACCAGAAGAGAUUUGGGUUUGAUUCUUUGAAUCCAAGAACAAAUGGUGAGUGGUGGCGGUGACAGAAUGGCACUGCCGUCUCAUCAGCCUCCAAACGGUGGCGUUUCACAGGAUUCCGGCCACGCCCGCCUCCACGAACUCGGCUACAAGCAAGAGCUCAAGCGUGACCUCUCGCUGCUUUCAAAUUUUGCGUUUUCGUUUUCCAUCAUAUCGGUGCUCACCGGAGUGACCACUCUGUAUAAUACUGGGCUGAGAUACGGCGGCCCUGUGUCUUUCGUUUAUGGGUGGUUUAUAACGGGUGUCUUCACCGUCUUCGUUGGGUUGUCAAUGGGGGAGAUUUGCUCCUCGUACCCAACUUCUGGGGGGCUGUACUACUGGAGUGCCAAGCUUGCUGGCCCCAAAUGGGCACCCUUUGCUUCUUGGCUCACUGGCUGGUUCAACAUAGUUGGUCAGUGGGCAGUUACAACUAGCGUGGAUUUCUCACUUGCACAGCUGAUUAACGUGAUCGUUCUCCUUAGCACACGUGGAGGGAAUGGUGGUGAUGGCACUUCGAUAAAUAAGUACGGAACCAUUGGUAUCCAUGCAGGAAUCUUGUUUCUACAUGCUCUUAUAAACAGUCUGCCCAUCUCGUACUUAUCUUUGUUUGGACAAGUCGCUGCUGCGUGGAAUGUUGCAGGUGUCUUUCUCCUCAUGAUUCUCAUACCCUGUGUUGCAACGGAGAGGGCUAGUGCGAAGUUUGUAUUCACUCACUUCAACACUGAUAACGGGGAGGGAAUCAGCAACAAAUUUCACAUUUUUGUUCUGGGACUUCUGUUGAGUCAAUAUACCAUAACUGGCUAUGAUGCUUCUGCCCAUAUGACAGAGGAAACAAAGAACGCUGAUACGAAUGGACCAAAAGGAAUAAUUAGUUCCAUCGUGAUAUCCAUUAUCGUUGGAUGGGGUUAUAUACUCGGCAUCACCUUUGCAGUUACUAACAUCCCGUACCUUUUGGAUGAGAACAAUGAAGCUGGCGGUUAUGCCAUUGCUGAAAUAUUUUACCUUGCAUUCAAGAGUAGAUACGGCAGUGGAGUUGGAGGAAUUGUAUGCUUGGGAGUGGUUGCGGUUGCCAUAUUCUUCUGUGGUAUGAGUUCAGUUACUAGCAACUCCAGGAUGGUGUAUGCAUUCUCUAGAGAUGGAGCCAUGCCAUUAUCACCAUUUUGGCAUAAAGUGAACAAACACGAAGUCCCCGUAAACGCUGUUUGGCUUUCUGCUUUCAUAUCGUUUUGCAUGGCACUAACAUCUCUCGGAAGCCUUGUGGCAUUCAAUGCCAUGGUUUCUAUAGCAACCAUUGGACUGUACAUUGCUUAUGCCCUACCCAUCUUUUUUAGGGUGACCAUGGCACGCAAAUCCUUUGUCCCGGGACCUUUCAACUUGGGACGCUACGGGGUCCUUGUUGGUUGGAUUUCAGUUCUUUGGGUAGCAACUAUCUCUGUCCUCUUCUCGUUGCCCGUGGCCUAUCCAAUUACCAUCGAGACACUCAACUAUACUCCCGUUGCUGUUGGCGGUUUGCUGAUCAUCACAGUUUUAGCUUGGAUCCUGAGCGCUCGGCACUGGUUUAAAGGUCCUAUAACGAACAUAGAAGCAUGAACUUGUGUAUAUUCAAUGUUGCAAUCAUCUAUAGAAUAGGUUUAGUUUUUAAGAAAAUCUACACAUGGAAUUUACUUUGUUUUAUCAAAAGCUGAUUGGCUUAAUUUGUUUAAAUUACUCGUUGUAUGGUAAUAAUAUUGCAGAUUAUAGAAAUGAAAUCUCAUUUGGCUACAAA